AUGUGGACCAUCUGGGUGAUCACCUUCUGGAUUUCAGCUGUCCUGGUCAGAGCUGUCCCACCUGUCUGUGAUCUCUUGAGUGUCCUGAAAAAGGAGAAAGAAAAAUGUGCAGAGACUCUCUCCCUGGAGGCAAAGAACAGAACACUUGAAAAUGGUCUGCUCCUGAGCUCAGGAACAUGUCCUGGAAUGUGGGAUAACAUGAGCUGCUGGCCUUCAUCUGCGGUGGGACAGAUUGUCAACACUCACUGCCCUAAAUUCUUCCAGAUGCUCACUGGGAAAAAAGGUUUUGUCUACCGAAACUGUACGAGUGAGGGUUGGUCAGACCCAUAUCCAAGACCUGAUAUCGCUUGUGGCUACAAUGUCAAUGACACCACAAACGAGGCCAGACGUUCGUAUUUCAUGACUCUGAAGACCAUGUACACCAUCGGAUACUGCACCUCCCUCGUGACGCUGAUGGUAGCAUUAGUGGUCCUGGUCUCUUUCAGAAGACUUCGCUGUACGAGGAACUACAUCCACAUGCAUCUCUUCACAUCGUUCAUUUUGCGAGCCUUGUCCAAUUUCAUCAAGGAUGCUGUUUUGUUUUCCUCUGAAGACACCAGUUACUGUGAGGCAUACACGGCUGGGUGUAAGCUCACCAUGGUCUUCUUUCAGUAUUGCAUCAUGUCUAACUACAGCUGGCUCCUCGUGGAGGGACUGUACCUCCACACUCUCCUGGUUAUUUCUUUCUUCUCGGAAAGGAAGUUUCUCUGGAGGUUCAUCGCCUUCGGAUGGGGUGCCCCAACUGUGUUUGUGGCCGCAUGGGCGACUGCUAGGCAACUCCAUGAAAAUAUUGGGUGUUGGGACAUUAACACUGAUGGCAAUACCUGGUGGAUCAUUAGAGGCCCUGUAGUUUUGUCUAUUUUUGUUAAUUUCAUUCUUUUUGUCAACAUUUUAAGAAUCUUGAUGAGGAAGCUCAGGUCACCUGAAGGACGGAGCAGUGAUUUCAAUCAAUACAAGAGACUCGCCAAGUCAACUCUUCUCCUCAUCCCUCUCUUUGGGGUCCACUACAUCAUCUUUGCUUUUUUCCCAGAAGAUGCAGACAGUGGCACAAUGGAAAUACAGCUGUUUUUCGAAUUGGCUCUUGGAUCAUUCCAGGGCUUUGUCGUGGCUGUACUUUAUUGUUUUCUUAAUGGUGAGGUUCAGCUGGAAGUUCAGAGAAAAUGGAGGCAGUGGCAUUUAAGCAAACACUUGCGUCAGCAUCUCAGCACCUCAGCAAGUAACGGAAGAAGUGGCUUAACUCAAGAGAUGCAGAUGGUGAGGUCGAGCCCACCAGGGCACAGGAGAGCAGCCCUCCAAAGAUCAAGCAUGCUUUAACACCACACACCUGGAGGAUACCUCCAUGCUCAGAUACACAUGGUUGAGUCCCAUGGACCAUGCUGGGAGUCUCGUGUACGUAUCUGAAAGUGGGACUUGGCUGUAGAUCAAUGGUUCUUGAAGCACAUCUGUUCAUUUAUAUC